AUGGAGAAACUGGAGGAGCCACGUGAUCGAGUCUGUUGCAUCAUCUACGAUUCAGUGAUGUACUUUGCAGAAGCUGUGGUUGCUCAUCUCAAGAUUCCAAGUAUACACUAUCACAGUAGCAGUGAUUCCUAUGUUUUAGCUUGCCAUGCAACUCCUUGCCUUCUUAAACAAGGUUAUAUUCCCUUACAAG